AUGACGACCUUUUUUGUCGGGUGGGAGCUUUGGCAGCAAAUGACCUUUGUCCUCGCCUGCUUAAUCGCGAUUGUCUUCAUGAUCGGCUUCCUCAAACUAUGGCGAACAAACCACAUCUUACGCCGCUACGAGCUACUCGACCAAGAAAAACGCUCACGACUGGCCGAAAUGCAGCAGUACGGCAUAGACAUACCAGCUAUAAACGACAUACCUUUCGGUUCCCGAGCGAUACAGAGUGGGAUAGAAAUCGAUGAAAUAUGGAUAUCUCGACCAAACACCCCGGUCCCAAGUCAGCGCCCGUCAUGCGCCACAAUAGUUGACGAUAGUUCGAUAGACGGCAAGCUGGCUCGCAAUGAAUCCUCAUCCGUGCUAAGUGCCCCGGAUGCCAGCUGCAGGAAAGGCAAGGCCUUCGCACAGCCUAGCCCAGGAACAAGAAUCCUGAAGAGGUCUGCUUUGUCAGAGCAGCACUUCAGCGAGUCGACGACUCUUGAUGGGCAAGGCACAGAUAAUCUGCUUCCUGCGUCGAGAUCUGGUGAUCCCAGCCGCCCCGAAAGCACGACACAGAGUGAGCCUCUGCGUCGCGCAAGCGGUGCACGACCUGCGAGUGAUGUUGGCCCUGUAGUCGCCAAGCGACUGGCCCCAAACCGCAAAUCUGAGCCCCUGCCUCAUGGCACGGCUGAGGUAUUUGCCAACACCCGCACCAGGCGCACUGUUUCGGGCUUCGAAAUACUACCGGCUGGAUCUCUUGGGGAGCGAGUCGAACUUCACGCCUCGGCCCGUCUCAGUGAAGAGCAUCUGAGUCCGAAUGAGGAAGCGCGCGCACCGAAUAAGCUGCAGAAGCCCAGGCCAAGGCGGCAAAGUUAG